UUUGGUCGCGCUGGCAGUUGAAGGGAGUGUCUCUCCCCAUUUUGGACGCUUCGGCCGUCUGUGGCCCAGCUGGUUGCGGAUUGAUUUCCUUGUGUCCUGUGCCUGGUACACUGUUAGCCUUGAGGGGAGCGAGGCGCACAUUCUAGGAGACAAAGGAAACUGGGAUGUGAAACUGUCUGGCACCGUCAUAUCUUCGCGAUCACAAGAACGUGACGUCAGAAUUCGCGUACGAGUGAACGUCUCAUCAUUUUUUGGCCACAUUCUAAAUUGGAAACCGUAUUUACCAUCAACCAGACACUUGCAUGGAGACAUUCUAGUUUGUCGGUGGGGCACAUGGAGUCUCCUCAGGUAGAAGGGAGCCUUCGUGAAUCAUGGAUUUGUAAAAGAGGUGUGAGUGGAUCAGUAACUGACAGCACUUCAAGUGCCUCCUCAGUAAAUAUGUCAGAAGCUAGUGGAAGCAGCUCAUCUCAGAGCAGACCAGGCCCUCUGCCCACCAAGCGAACAUUAUCAGAACCUACGAGUGUGAGACAAAUGGGCCCAUCACCAGUGAAGCGUCAGUAUCAAGCGUCAAACAUGCAAGGAUCUGAUGAUUUACAACUGAAGGAACUGGACCGUCUUGAGAAGAAGGAAGCCUCCCUAGUCAAUCAGUUGCUCCAUCAACUCCAAAUACUUCACAAGAGGUGCAAUGAAGAACGUCAUCAAAUUGUGGAAGAACAGCGUCACCUAGCUGAACGCCUUGAACUAAUUGAUGCCAAUGAAAAGGCCGAGGAACAGGCAGUGAGAGAGAAGAACGAAAGGAAGCUUGAGAGAGUUCGCUUAGAACUGUUCCAACUGAGACAGAAAAUGUCCCUUGAAGGGUCCUCAUCAAAUAGUUCUGAAAUGAGCAGCUCAGUUUCAAUGGCCUCCCCUUCUACAUCUGGCGGACAAUUGGACCUUAGUAAUGUCUCGGAUAUCCGCCGCCGCCUGGGCAGCUUGGACCGACAAAGACAGACUCUCCUUGAACAGCUGUAUGCUGCAAUAGGUUCACUAAAUCAAGAGGCCAGCCACUUGGUGGACGUGCAGCUGCACACCUGCGCUCCUGCCAGGGAGGUGGCAGGCAGCUCUACUGUAACUGAGCGUGGCCUGCCUACAUCCCAACAAUCUGAGAUUGCAGAGUCUAAUGAGCAAGCUCAAUCUAAUGGGGAAGAAGAUUCAGAAAUCACCUCCUCAAGUGAUGUUCUUACUCCUCAGAAUGUGGAAAUUUUAUCAGAACAUGCUUCAGGAAUCCAAGAAAGUUCAAGAAACCAGACAUCGGAAGCCAAUGAGGAAGUGGAACCUGAAAUCGCGGACGAAGACGAAGACGAAGGGCCUUCUCAAAUCAUCACUGAAAAGAGUGAAACUCUGGAAGUGGAAGCAUCGCCAGAAGAGGAGGACAAGAAGAAAGAAGAGAAGGAAAAGGAUCUCGCCCUGCUGAAGCUCAAAAACAUUGGAUCUCUUGUGGAAGAAGAACUUCAAUGCAGCAUUUGCAAUGAGCUCCUUGUAGCCGCUGUCACAAUCAACUGUGCCCACAGUUUUUGCAAACAUUGCCUUGGUGAAUGGAAGAAGCAGCGUGCAGAAUGCCCCAUGUGUCGCAUGCCUAUCACAGCAGAGCAUCGCUCUGUAACUUUGGACUCCCUCAUCAGCACCAUGGUGGGCCAGCUAAGCCUGGAGCUUCAACAAAGGCACAAGGAAGUUCUUGAGGAGCGAGCUGCGCUGGAGGCGGCGGCAGCAGUGGCGGCCAGCUCCUCCGCGUCGUCCUCCUCGUCCAGCAGCAGGCAGGACGGCGGCGGCAGCAGCAGCAGCUCGGGGCGGUCGCGGCACCACAACUACAACUACAACAACAACCACUGGCAGCCCCUGCCCCCUCCCCACCACCACCACCACCACCAUCACCACCACAACGGCUUCGUGGCCCACUACCCGCCGCACGCCCACAGCCACACCCCGCACGCCCACAGCCACACGCACAACCACGUCCACAACCACGCUCCCCACGCCCACAGCGCGCACAGCGCCCACAGCCACCCGCCCCACGCGCACGUCCACCCCCCGCUGUCCCAGCCGCCCUACCACCACGGCCUUCCCUCCCUGGCGGCGCCCACCCCCCGCCACACCACCCCGCCGCCUCCCCGCGCGCCCCUGGCCCUAUCUGGGCACGGGCCGCACUCCCUGGCCCUGUCUGCCUCCAGCCUGCAGGGCCUGCAGGGCAUGGCGGGGAGCUCGCAGGGCAGCUCCCAGGGCCUGGGGCUGGGCCUGGGCCCCCAGGGCUCCCAGGGGGGUCCUCAGGCCCUUCCGGGCAGCUCCCAGGGACAGCAGGGCUCCCAGCAGGGCCAGGGGCAGCCUCAUGACGGCAGGGCGCGCCGCAGGCACCUAGGCCGCACGCCCGGGCUGGUCUCCUCGGCAAGCUCACCCGGCAGUUCCACCGAGGAGCCAAGUGACUCGACGAGCAGCUACUCCAGCACUGGUGCUUUCUCGUCCACCUCGGAGAGGACCUGGUUCGAGUCAGACUACGGGGAGUACGAUGACGACGAGAAUGAAGCAGAGCCCCCGAUUGUCCCCGGCAUCCCUGGUCGCUACUACGGGGGCUACGGCGUGUGCUUCUACUGCAAUCAACGUGGCCAUUGGUCAAACGGCUGCCCGGUCCGCUUUGGAUUCUAAUUUGUCGUCACUCUUUUUAACAUGUGUAAAAUCUCCUGCACGUCAGCUUGCAUCACCGUUUUUGAAAGUUUUAUGCAUUUUGUGCUUUUGUAUAGAUAGCUUAGAACUUUAAGCGUCAAUAUUUUAAAGGGCCAUUGGAAGUUUUCUUGUCAUAUUUAAGUUGCACUGUAAGUUUUAACUGUUUAAUGAUAAGUAGUUUUAUAUUUUCAAUCAAGUAGGGAUGUAAUGUAUUUCUAUAUCGCGCCAGUUGAAGUCAUUGUCAAACUUGUUUAACUUUGUUGCUGUUCUUGAUUUGUACUGUAGAUACAUUUUUAUUCCAUUUUCUGCAUCAAUGUUUCUCACUGCAAGUAAUUCAAUAUUUUUUUAUCUACAUCCCAUUUGUUGCAAUUGUUGUUUUGUGUUGAGCUGUUUCAUAGUUGCGAUACUAGUGAUAUGUUUGCGGAGUUUAAUUCGUGUUUCAUAUUAUUUUAAAGUUUAAUGAUAUUCAAAAAUCUUGUGAUUGUGUGGUGGUGUUUGAAUCAUUAAUGUACCUUUGUAGAUGAUUGUCUUGUGAUUUGAAUGUGGUUGAUUCGUGCUGUGCUGAAUUGAUUAGAAAUAGACUCUUGUAUUUUAUUCGAGUUUUUUGUAUAAUUGUUAGAUUUUAUGAGGAAGAUUAAUUGCAAUGUUGCUUAGUAUUAAUUAAUUUAAACAUUAAUUUGUUUACAUAAAUUUUUUUGAAUGUACUUGGACCAGUUUUCUGUUCAUCAAAAUCUUCAACUUAUUCCAUUUGAGGUGUCCUAAGUUAUGUCAUGUAAAUGUUACCAUCUACUCUGAAGGCUUUCUGUUGCAAUUGCAAUCAAUGCUCACUUAGUCUUGGACAAUUCUGUUCAGUACUUUAUCGCAGCUCAGCUUAGUUAACUAUUGUCACAGUGUGUAGGCCAAUACUGUAAGUAGAUUGGAUUUCCCUUGUGUGGAAUAGUUGUUCUAAUUUUCUUUCCUUUUGUCUCAGUACCAUGACCAUUUUUUUUAAGCUACUGUAACUUAACUCAAGACUGAUCCAGGUGGUUUGGAUGUCAUGUCAUAGUCUUUGCCAUUGUGGUCAUUUGCAUAUAAUUACUCGGCUGAGAGCUCAGAGCCUCAAGUGCAGUCUAGUUUUAGAGGUGCUUACUUUCCUCAAAAAUACAAAUGUCUCAGACCAAAGGGAGGAGUCCAUCAGAUUUGUGACCAAAGAAAUUCAACAAGUUGUAGUUACAAGUCUCUCAUGACACAGUCAAAUUUUCUUUCUGAUAGACGACAUUGCGUAACUUUAUUUAUUUCUUGUGCCUCAAACAAAGCUUGACUAAUCAUAAAGCUUUGAAAGAAGUUAAAAUGUCAACCCAUGCACACAAUAGUUUAAGAUUAUUAUUUAGCUCAUCCAGCCUACUUUGCAAUGUGACCUUCUCAUUAAAGGUGGCCUUCUAUAUGUGUUACAAAACAUACUAGAUGCUUUCUUCUACAAAGGUUUCCAUGAUAUUGAGACCUAUGAAUAUUUUAUCAAUUACUAGAAAAGAGUACUUUGGGUUCUUUGAUGCCCCCUCCACCCAUUUUUUUUUGGAAACGCUUAAGUGGUUUAAAUCUAAGAUCUCUGUCAAAAUUUUGAAAUUGUGAUCUGCUUUUAGUCAUGCUAGAUGGUUAAUUAUAUUGUAUAGCCAUAUUUUGUAUAUGUUCUUAAAGUUGUAUUUUUGAAUCACCAUCAAGGAAUGAUGUUUUAGCUUUCCAAAUCUAAGAAGUAAGGAAUUUCAUCUAUGGUUUCCUCCAGAGCAAUGUGUUUUUAUGUUCAAAUUUUAGGGCCAAAUAGUGAGAUUUGUAAAACUUUUGCCUGCAGUCUUUGGGUGUAUAUUUCUGCAUUAUCAAAUUUUAGAGGCUGCAUUUCAUUGCUUUCACUGACAACCUUAUCAUAAACAUGCCAUUACUGUUUGGUGUGGACUUGAGCAAUGUCCAAGGGCUUAUGUGAUCUGAAUUUAAGCCUGCCUCGUAAACUGGUACAUCUAAGGCCUUACUGUUGAAUUUAAGUGUAGGUUCCCCAUAGAGCAAGGUAGAAUUUGUGAUUAUCUCAAAGUAGCAGCACUUGUUCGGUCUAUUAUCCAGUGGUGAGGUAUGAUUCUUUAGCUCUAUGUUGGCUGCUUUCUGCCUGUCACAAACUGCAUUAAAUCAAAGAAUUCAUCCAUCAGAAUUUGACAUAUUGUAGUCGCAUAUAUCUGUCUUUUUGUUUUGGGUAUGUGCCUCUUUUUCUGGUGCAAAACUUAAUUGCACAUAGUUUUAAAGAAUAUGUGAUAAGGUAUUUGGUGACAGUGGUACUUUUUAUCAAAAGGACAUCUGUAUCUAUUAAUUUAAAGCUGUCUUUAUAUCUAACUCCACGAAAUUUGAUUAAGUACCUCUUGAGCAAAGGUCUUUUAGCAAAGAAUUUAUUAUUUGCUACAGUGCAUUUUCUUUGGGUAGGUUAAUUAUUGUAAAUUUGAUUUGGAUUUGGAUUGGGUUUGGUUCAGGUCUAUCCUCUUGAUAAAUCCUAACCAUUCCCCUUGUUAUAUUUCAUUUCUGUCUCUCUUCUUACUUUCUUCUUGGUGCUAAACAUCAUUGAAAGGAAUUGUUAUAAGUUUGUUAUCUAUGUAUUUUUUGAUUUGAGAUUUGAAUGGUAGUUAUCCUGGCAAAUUUGUCAACUACACACGUUUUUAUGUUACAAUGCUUUUUUUUUCACUAAUGUUUUAAUUCAAUUUUAAUUUAAUGAUUUUUGCUUUCAAAACCUUUUGCUAUUCUUAUAUGAUGGGCAUCAAAGAAUCCUUCCUUGCUCAUGUUUGGAGUAGAACCAUUCAUCUCAUAUUAUUUUGUAAGAAAAAGUCUCUCUGCUUCUUUGGAAACAUAGGCGGUUUUGUGAGGACAGUCAAUUGGAGCCCAGGCGUUGUGAAAUACAUUAGGCAGCUAAAACUUUGGCCCUGGGUGUGGAAAUAUCUCUGGUGUUGUCGGAUCUGUCAUGAUGGUACUCAACUCUUGUUUAACUAGUAGGUUCCAGUUGACUCUGUGAUUUCUCAGGGAUUUAGCAUCCUUACCUCUUAUUUUUCAAGACGUUAUCUGUCCUAAGAUAUAGUGAUAAAAUUAUUGAUGCCAAUUAUGAAAGCACAUUGUGGAAAUUUCAUGCAGUGUAAAUUUAGACAAUAACUGUUUUGCUUGAAUUAAUUCAAUCUUGCAUGGUAUAUUAGAAUUUAUAUCGUUAGGCCCUUCCUUCUCCUGUGAGAUCAUGUAUUGGAGGAACUCUUUUACAAUGUUGAGCCUAAAAAUCACUGUAAAUUUAGUUGUGGUGCAACAGUUAAACUUCACUUACAACUGCAUGCUUUUGCCAUAGUGACUAUGUUAGUCGUAUUUCUUUUAUGUAAUGUUCAUGGUCUACCAUGUGCGAUUUUGUGAACUUUGUGUGAUAUAGUGUAACAGGUCAAAAUAUAUCAUUUCCCUUGGUCAA